AUGCAUCUCUCGUCGUUAUUGGCUGCUUCGCUCCUUGCGAUAAACGCUGGUGCUGUGCCAGUCCUCGACCCCAUUCAGAUGAUGAAACGAGCUGGUCCUGCAGCUGGCCAAGUCAUCACGAAAUGCUCCUCGCCGGGAAUGCUCGCUCUGGCAUACGAUGAUGGCCCCUAUCAGUACACUCAAAAGCUCGCUGACACCUUGUCAGCCGGGGGAGCGAAGGGCACCUUCUUCGUGACGGGAACGCUCUAUGGUUGUAUUUACGGGCAGAAGACAGCGCUCCAGAAUGCGUACAAGGCGGGGCACCAAAUCGCCUCGCACACCUGGACGCACCCCCAAAAUUUUGGAUCCAUGUCGGCUGCAGAUCUCACAUCACAGAUGACCAAGCUCGAGACUGCUCUUGUGAACAUUAUUGGUGUUAAACCCACCUACAUGCGCCCUCCUUAUCUCGCUACGGGCGGGAGUGUGUUGUCGACAAUGAAGACCCUGGGCUACAGGGUCAUCACAGACGACAUCGACGCGGGUGACUGGGACAAGAAAACCCCUCAGCAGAGCGAAGCACUCUUCACUGCAGCAGGAGCGAGUGGCAACGGCCACAUCCCCCUCAUGCACGAGACGUAUUCCACCACUGUUGAUACGCUUACCCCUUGGCUUAUCAACUGGGCAAAGACCAAUAACUUGAAGUUGGUGACUGUCGCUGAAUGCCUUGGUGAUCCCACCGGUGCGUAUGUCAACGGAACAGGAAGCAGCCAGACCAGCUGUUGA